AUGCCGGGGGGAAGCCCCAUCCGAAGGAAACCACAGUACACAUACCGCUCGCCGUCCGCCAACACCCCAGAGAACUCGUUUCAGAGGCUGAGCUCCUCGCAACGCUCGGGUAUGAACAGCCAGAAGGUCAAAUCGCCCCCAUCUUCCUCCAAACCGCCUCAAGUAAAGAACACCGUAAUCUCAUCGAUUCCUCUACGCCAACGCUACCCUAUGAGUCCACCCCUGCCAUUAUAUCAUCCUUUGGGACAACUUGCGCUCUCCCUGCCGCCAUUGGACACCGCCGCUUUCGGCCUUCCCCCCAUCCCCAGUAGCAUCUUCAACGAUGGGGAUUCGUCUCGCUCGCGCAAGUCCAUGAGCCAAGGACGUGACGGCGAGGAUGAGCUAGAAUCACCCCCCGCGUCCGCCACUAGCCCACUCACACCAGUAGCCGUGCCCGCACGUGAAACAAAGCCUAGUCCUCGGAAGCGCCGGGCCGGUGGCGGUGGUCAGAGGCGCAAGCGCAAGGAGCCAGACGACAGCGACGCACCAUAUCCCAACCCUCCAAAGCGCACCCGCCAUCCCAGAAGUGGAGGGCGGUUUGCGUCCGCCACGGCAGAUGUCGCUUCGCCUACGGAGUCGACCAGUGGACUCGAUUUAGGCGAUGUUACGCCGACGCCACAGACGAAGCCUGAUUUGCCGGAUGAGGACAUUGUUCCCGAGCGAAGAUCGACACGCUCCAGGAAUAUGCCCAAACGAAGGGACUCGAGCGACAACAGCGCCGUCACCACGCCAAUUGACCAAGCACCAAGCGAGAUGUUGGCCGAGGCUAUCGUUGAUGGCGACAAUGACAACAAGAUGGCAAUUGACGCAGAAGUAUUACGAGACGAGGCAGAGCCACAGGAAACCCCCCAACAAUCCGCUGACGAUGAUGGUAUGAAGACGAAGAACGAUUGA